AGAAUCACAUUAUGCUUGCAGUAAGAAGAAGAGUGGGACUUCCGCUGAGAAACACCGUUAGCAAUCUUCAUAAUCCUUGCAAUGAUUUUUUUUCUGUUCAUGAGAUUGCUAUGAAUUGACACCGACAUUUAUCGACAGUUAUCCUGUCAAACGUGGAAGUUGGCUGGGAUUUAUCCGAGUGAGGGAUGUGUGCCUCUGGAAAGUAUAGCUCGCGGGGUCCGGCUCUCAUCCCACGGAUGAAGACCAAGCACCGCAUAUACUACAUUACCCUGUUCUCUGUGGUCCUGCUGGGACUCAUCGCCACAGGGAUGUUCCAGUUUUGGCCGCACUCCAUUGAGUCUACGGCCGACUGGACCUUGGACAAACGCAGUGUCCACGAUGCACCAUUGGUGCGCCUCCCUGUGUCUAGUCCAAUACCCGAAAGGGGGGACCUCAGUUGUCGUAUGCAUACUUGUUUUGAUGUUUACAGAUGUGGCUACAACCCUAAGAACCGAAUCAAGGUGUACAUCUACCCGCUCCAGAGGUUAGUGGACGAGGUGGGCGUGCCCAUUAGUAGCACGGGUCUAUCCAGGGAGUAUAACGACCUGCUCAGUGCCAUCUCUGACAGCGACUUUUACACUGACGACGUGACCAGAGCCUGCCUCUUUGUGCCGUCUAUCGAUGUGCUGAACCAGAACUCCCUGCGCAUCAGAGAGACUGCCCAGGCCUUGGCCAUUCUGCCUAGAUGGGACAGGGGAAUGAAUCACCUGCUCUUCAACAUGUUACCCGGAGGGCCUCCAGACUACAACACAGCCUUGGAUGUGCCCAGGGACAGAGCACUGCUAGCCGGUGGGGGAUUCUCCACAUGGACCUACAGACAAGGCUAUGAUGUCAGCAUCCCCGUGUACAGCCCCCUGUCUGCAGAUGUGGAGCUGCCUGAACGACAGCCGGGGCCACGCCGCUACUUCAUCCUGUCCUCCCAGACGGCCAUCCACAGGGAGUACCGCGGGGAGCUGGAGCGCCUGAAGGAGGAGAACGGCGAGGCGCUGCUCCUGCUGGACAAGUGCAGCAACCUCUCCCAGGGGGCGGCCUCCGUACGCAAGCGCUGCUACAAGAGCCAGGUGUACGACUACCCGCAGGUCCUCCAGGAGUCCUCGUUCUGUGUGGUUCUGCGCGGGGCUAGGCUUGGCCAAGCGACCCUCAGUGACGUACUGCAGGCCGGCUGUGUUCCCGUCGUCUUGGCUGACUCCUACAUCCUGCCCUUCUCAGAGGUCCUGGACUGGAAGAGGGCAUCAGUGGUUAUUCCAGAAGAGAAAUUGCCUGAAAUGUACACCAUUCUGAAGAGCAUUCCUCACAGACAGGUGGAAGAGAUGCAGAGACAGGCUCGAUGGUUCUGGGAUGCCUACUUCAGCUCCAUGAAGGCCAUUGGCAUGACAACCCUUCAGAUCAUCAACGACCGCAUCUAUCCGUAUGCUGCGCACACGUACGAACAGUGGAACAACCCACCUGUGGUGAAGUGGUCCAGUGUCAACAGCCCCCUGUUCCUGCCCCUCAUCCCUCCACGCUCCCCGGGCUUCACAGCAGUGGUGCUGACCUACGACCGCAUCGAGAGCCUGUUCCGGGUCAUCACGGAGAUCUCCAAGGUGCCCAGCUUGGCCAAGCUACUGGUGGUGUGGAACAACCAGAACAAGAGUCCUCCUGAAGAGUCUCUCUGGCCCAAGAUAGCUGUGCCUCUCAAAGUUGUACGCACCAAAGAGAACAAGCUGAGCAACCGCUUCUUCCCCUACGACGAGAUCGAGACGGAGGCAGUGCUGGCCAUCGAUGAUGACAUCAUCAUGCUUACGUCCGACGAACUGCAGUUUGGCUACGAGGUGUGGAGGGAGUUCCCAGACAGGCUGGUGGGGUACCCUGGCCGCCUGCACCUCUGGGACCACGAGAUGGGCAAGUGGAAGUACGAGUCGGAGUGGACCAAUGAGGUCUCCAUGGUUCUCACCGGAGCAGCCUUUUACCACAAGUACUUCAACUAUUUGUACACAUACAAGAUGCCGGGAGACAUCAAGAACUGGGUGGACGCACACAUGAACUGUGAAGAUAUCGCCAUGAACUUCCUGGUUGCCAACAUCACUGGCAAAGCCCCAAUAAAGGUGACCCCCAGGAAGAAGUUUAAGUGCCCGGAAUGCACUGCCAUUGACGGGCUGUCCCUGGACCAGACGCACAUGGUGGAAAGAUCUGAAUGCAUCAACAAGUUUGCAUCUGUGUUCGGCACGAUGCCUCUGAAGGUGGUGGAGCACCGCGCCGACCCAGUCCUCUACAAGGACGACUUCCCAGAGAAGCUCAAGAGCUUCCCCAACAUCGGCAGCCUCUGAGCCCCCCAGACCCCAAGCCCCCUCCCCUGUAAUCAGAUCCCACCUUGGGGUCUACACAAGGAUUUUGUCCGUUUGAGAUUGUACUUGCAUAGCUUUGUUUCUAUGAUUUCUGCAUGUUCGACAAUUUUGACUAUGAGGCUAUUGAAAGAAAGUGUUUUACUGGAGUUUUUACCCUUACAAAUCUGCUGCAUUGUACUUUGUUUUAUUUAGUUGAGGCCAAGACAUAUUUUUGAAUUUACAUUCUUUUUUUGCUGUUGACAAAGGCUGUUCAUGUGGCUUAAAAGUGGCCCUAAUCAAUCUUUUAUAAAGGUGUCUCAUGGAAUCUGAUCUUCUCAAUCCUGUAUUUGGUCCUAAAUCAGAUACAGGUCCGAUGUUUUGCAAUGCGACCUCAGAAUGAACAGUCAUAUCGGAUUCAUGCAACCUUUACCAGCUCUAGAUCUAUAUUUGUCACUAUUCUGCACAUAAUCUGAUCUGAGCAAUAAAUAAAAGACCAAGACCCCUCAAGAAUGGGAUGGUGCUAGAAGAGACCAUCCAUGUAGGUAGGCGCUAACCAGUGUAUAGAACACACACACACACACACACACACACAGUAUAGCAACACACAGUAUAGCAACACAGAUUAGGAUUGUACAGUUUUAACAUGUUUUUAAUGACUAAUGGGUAAAAAUGUCAUUUUAAUUUAUGAUGCUCAUUUUGUUCUUUAAUUUCCCAAAGCCCUUCUUUUUUGAAUGGUCACAUGACGGUUAUAUAUGUAUAUAAAGCUGUGAUGUUUGGAAAAGGUUAUUGCAACAAUUAAUUACUUUUCUAUAAGUUCUUAGUGAGAGUUGCAGGUAUUUUACUGUUGGCGAUAUGUGGGGGUUAUAUCAUUGAUGGAUGAGACGCAAAGUUCAUCUUUAAAACAAAUGCAAACUUUGUUGCUGGUCAUGUUUAGUGUAUUCUGAAUUUUCCAAACUAAACAGGGUUUAUUCAAUCACUUUUCCAGCAAAUGUCCUCUGAUAUUUCAGUAGUGGUCAUUAAUAAUGUGCACACCAUUGAAUAUAUUCCUCUGCUUGACGUAUUUAUUAAAAUUUGAUGUAUGUGCACAGCAAAAAGGGAACAAAACAUUCGGUCAUUUACAAAUUGUCCUCCUUUUUUAUUUUUUUUUAAAAAGGAUUCUUUAUUUUGAAGUCGAGUGCUUUUAACCUUUUUAUUCUGUCAUUGCAAUUGCUAUAAUUAUACAAUUAUUUAUAUCUAUAUCUAUAAUUGUAUAAUUAUAAGUUUAUAAUAUUAUAAAUAUUGCAUUGAACUCAAACCUUUUUCCUUUGCCUUGUGACGCUUGCGGCCAAUUUUUACUUUUGUAAGAUGUAUAGUGUGUGUUAAAAUAACUUGUGUUGUAAAAACAAAUCUAUAUAAACUAUAUAAUACAACUUUUAAAUAAACAUGAAAAACAUGA